UCUAUAACCUUUUCAGCACACCACAAACUUAUUAGAUUGCUUUAAUGCUUUUUCCUUAAUUUUUAUAAUAUCUAUUAUAUUAGUAUGGCAUGUGACAUUGGAUGCCUUUCUUAUCAAAUUGUUUUUAAUAAAACAGUGAAGAGAAAUGGUCUCUGAGAAGAAUCCUUUGGAUUAUUUAAGGUGAUCUUAUAUUGAAAAAUUAUUUUAUGUAUUUUCUUUAUGUUCUAACCAGUUAUUUUAUCAAAUUACCCGCUCAUUCUCAGCUGCUGUUGCUUCUCCAGUAGACUCCUUUGUGAAAGCCAUGUACUGCAGAGGAUUCCUCUCAUCCAUUGCAUUCAUUCUUUCUGGAAUCUUUGUAAGAUAUUUCCAAUCACUUCUCUGUCAUCUUGAUGUUAGUAACUUAGUUUGUGCCCUCACUUUUUCAAACCAAACAGGCCAAAUUGGUGUGAAUGUUUCCUCACUAGAAGAGAAACACAAGAGCUCUAGUUCCUUGCCUACCCAGUAGGUGACACUAUAUCUUUGUUAUUGGCUAGCCAAGAGUGAUCAGAAUCAGGUUUAAUAUCAUUAGCAUAUGUUGUGAAAUUUGUCGUUAUGUGCCAGUGGUACAUUGCAAUACAUAAUAAUAAAAACAGUGAAUAUAGUAAAUAUAUUUAAAAAGUUCAGUUAUAUAGGUAAUGCAAAAAGCGGGGAAGAAAGUAGUGAAGCAGUGUUCAUGGGUUCAGUGCCUGUUCAGAAGUCUGAUGGAGGAGAGGAAGAAACUGUUCCUGAAUCAUUGAGUGUGUGCCUUCAGUCUCCUUGUACCUCCUCCCUGAUGGUAGCAAUGAGAAGAGGGCAUGUCCUGGGUGAUAGGAGUCCUUAAUGAUGGAUGCUGCCAUUUUGAGGCAUCACUCCUUGAAGAUGUCCUGGAUGCUGAGGAGGUCCAUGGUGGAACUGACUGAGUUUAUAACUUGCUGCAGCUUAUUCUAGACCUCAGCAGUGCCCCCUCCUCAAUACCGGACAGCGAUGCAGCUAGUUAGAAUGCUCUCCAUGGUACAUCUGUAGAAAUUAGAGGAUGUCUUUGGUGUCACAUCAAAUAUCCUCAGCCUCCUAAUGAAAUAUAGCUGCUGUUGUUCCUUCUCUGCAACUGCAUCAAUAUGUUGGGCCCAGGAUAGAUCCUCAGAGAUGUUGACACUCAGGAGCUUGAAAUUGCUCACCCUUUCCACUUCUGAUCCCUAUGGUGUCUGUACCCUCAUCUUACUCUUUCUGAAGUCCACAAUGAAUUGGAGAUUUUUGAGAAACAGUUAACAGUGUCAGGGAUAAAGAAAGUGAGAACAUGAAUGAGAAUAUAGGGGCAGGAAUAAUCAAUAGAUCUCUCAGACUUUCUCUGAAAUUUAAUAAGAUGAUGGCUACUCUGAACUUGAUCUCAAAUCUGUUUUAUUGCCAAAUUUCCAUUACUCUUGACUUAUAAAACAAAAUGGAUGGGAGAAAUCUUUUGAAAAUUGCAUGCAUGGCUUCAUGCAUUAGUCUUUUGGAGAAAAUCUAGCAGCUUAGAAGUGGGGAAAAAAGAAAAAUGAGAGAUUAGAAAGGGGGGGGUCAGGUCUCUGCACCUUUGAAGAAUGUAAUAUGCUUUCUUUAAAAAUAAUGUUUUAAAUUUGUACAAAAUAGAUCUCUACAACAUACACUUGUUUUUGUUUAUUCUUUGUCCAACACCAAAAUUAGGAAAAAGUACAGGUUCAGAUGCAGCUUGGGAAAAGCCCUGAUAUUGAAGAUAUAGAUCACUUACAGAACAGACUACAACGCAUUUGGAUCCUUCUCCAUGUCCCCGAUAGAGAACGUCUUGAUAUGGCCAUUAAAUAUAGCUCACAAAAACACAGAGCCCAGGUCUCCAAGGCACUGGAUAUAUGGGAAAAGGCUGUCCAACUGAUUCAAGAACGAGAGUGUAUUUUGAGCAAACUUGAACAUUUUGAACAAUUUGCAUCCAACCCCAACCGCUUCUUUGAAAAAGGUUAUGCAGGUACUUCAGUAAUGAGGUUAAAGGAGUCCAAGAAGAGGGAUAAGUUUUAUUCUGACUUAUCACAAAUUGAAAAUCCAUUAUCCAAAAUACUAAAGAAAAUCAAAGAUAAUUUUGAGGAUGUAGUUACUUUCAAGGGACGGCCAUAUGUAGAGAAAAUGCAGCGGGACAAAGUGGAGAUGCUUUACUGGUUGCAGCAGGAGAGACGGAAAUGUAUUCUGCAGAGAAUUGCAGCCUCUAAACCUAUCGCAUCUGAAAAUAGUGGCUUUCAAUCCUGCUUUUUAGCAGAUUUCUAGAAAAUUUGCCUCAUCCACCAACCCAUUCUACUCUGUAACGACUUAAUGAUUUCUUUAAAGUGUUUAAACGUUGUUCACUAAAGAAUGCAAUGGAGGAGCUAUUGAAAAUGGUUACAACAUUUGAUAAUGAGUUCAGCGAAAUAUUACUGUAUAUUCUGUGUUUUCUUUUUAUUCAUAUGCAGAAGGAAACUUUUUCAGGUUUUUUAAAUAAUGAAGGUAUUUUAAUUUAACUUUAUUUUAUCUCUUAUUGGAACCCUGACUUCUAGCUGUCUAGUUUUUUGUCGAGGUAUACCUGUAAACCCGCUGCAAUAUGUAUCUUUUACCAAUUGAUAAAUAUGUAUUUUAUUUCUCCAUCCUGUAUAAAAUAGCUCUGUACAUUCAUUUUUAAAGUAGUUUUAUUUUUAAAUAUGGUUUUCACGGUGUUAUUUUUUCCUCUGUAUCAAUUGUUUUAGAACAUUUUCUAAUAUCUCUUGUGGUUAUUUUAGGCUGCAACUGGACUUCAUUAUAAUUCUUAAUUCAUAGUGACAUCAUAUCGUCGAGCUAUCAAUCUACUAACGUCAGCUUUGUAUAGUAUCAGGGACUUCUAAAGUGAUGGAAUUUAACAGAAGUGUGAUUAUCUCUGGAAGGUUCCAGAGUGGCUUCUGCUUCUGUUUCUGCCACUAUCCGUAAUCCUCAAAACAGCCAAGAGAAUGUAUGCAAGAGGAGAACUAUUUUUAUGAAUCAAUGCAAUAAAUAAUAACUGGUAUAUACAUACUGUAUGUGUCACGGUUGAGAUGUCUGUCACACAAAAAUGAAUUUAAGAUGAAAAUGCAGAUCUAAAUGUA